CUAAUUUUGUGUAUAUGAACGGAAAAAGACACCAAGAGCCCCAAAAAAAGGAAAAAAAAAUAUUCUGAUUGGAAUUUGCAAAAAAAUAAAACGCUACAAUUCAACAAAUUUAGUUGUGAUAAAAACUUUAGCUAACGGAUAAUAUAUUGUAGAGAAAAGAAUUCUAUAUAGAAAAAGAAAAAUCGAUUGAAAAUAAAUUGCAAGUGAUUGAAAUUAAGUGCGAAUAACGAAAAAAUAAAAAAGAGAACUAGCCAAAGAAGAAGAAACGACAGAAAGUGUAUUUUUGGUGUUGCUGCUGUUUUUUGCUGAGCAAAAAUAAAGAGGAGCGCUACUUUUAGGAAGAAAGUGUGACCGAAAAAGUGAAAUUUCAUUGCAAUAAGAAAAUAAUAAAAGCAUAAAAGAAAAUAGGAAAAUAUAUAUCGUAACUUUUUCUAUAUAUAUUUCGCAGAUACUUAAGCAACAAACAAAAUGGGAAAUGAAACUUCUCUGCCCAUGGAGAUGUGCUCCAACUUCGAUGCCGAUGAGAUUCGUCGUUUGGGCAAACGUUUUCGUAAACUUGAUUUGGAUAAUUCCGGUGCCUUGAGCGUGGAUGAAUUUAUGUCAUUGCCAGAACUGCAACAAAAUCCCCUGGUUCAGCGUGUCAUUGAUAUUUUCGAUGCGGACGGUAAUGGAGAAGUAGAUUUUAAGGAAUUCAUACAAGGUGUAUCACAAUUUAGCGUUAAAGGCGACAAAUUAUCCAAAUUGCGCUUUGCAUUUCGUAUAUAUGAUAUGGACAAUGAUGGAUACAUAUCAAAUGGUGAACUGUUUCAGGUUUUAAAAAUGAUGGUAGGCAAUAAUCUCAAGGAUACGCAACUGCAACAGAUUGUGGAUAAAACAAUUUGUUUUGCCGAUAAGGAUGAGGAUGGUAAAAUUUCAUUUGAUGAAUUCUGUUCGGUGGUCGGUAACACAGAUAUACACAAAAAAAUGGUUGUUGACGUUUAAAUUCUAUUAAGCAAAACGUCGCUUUUAUAUAUUAAAAAAAAAAAACAUUUACUUAAAACAAACAAACAAAAAAAUUAAAACCACAAAAAAACUCUUCUGAAACCCUUUAUACACCACAACCACCACCAGCUCCUCAAAACGUCCCUUAACAACAUCACCGAAUUUCUCUCUUCAAUCUUUCAAGUUUCCUCUCUAUCUCUCUCUUAACACCAAUCCAUCAUCACAUUAUCAAGAGAAAAAAAAAAAAAAACAAAUGCAAAGAAGUGUCGCUCUUCUCCAUUUUUCAUAAAGAAAAUUAUAUACUUAACUAAUAUUUACAUAUAUACAUAUAUUUUUAAUUGUAUUUUUUUUGCUAAGAGAUAAAGUUAAAAUUAAUAAAAAAAUUAUCACAAUUAUUAACAAAUUUAUAUUUAUAAAAUAACAAAAAGAAAAAAGAAAACAAACCAAAAAAAUCAAAUUCAAAUUAGCAAAAAUUAAAAACACAAAUCAAAUUUUCUUUUUUUACAUUAAUAUAAAAUCUCCAAUGUCAAAUUUCAAUAUAAAGAAAAACUCACCCCGUAGAUUCUUCGAAUUUCAUUUGUUUUUCGAAUUUAAAUUGCAAUUUUUUGUUUCCAUUUAAACAAUAACCUAAUCCUUUUCUUCCUAUCCUCCAUAUUUCAACCCCUAUUCCCCUUUCUUAUCCAAAGUUUCUCAAAAAAUAAUAAAAAAAAAUAUUUUUUAAAACUUAAUUUAUUUUGUUUAAAUUUUGUUUAUUUUUGCUCUUUUUUAAGGUUAAGUUUGUUAAAGUUUUUAUGAUGAUUUCCUAAGCAUAAAAUAAAAACGAAUCCAAAUAAAUAAAACAAAAACGUUUAAUUAUGAAACUACCAAAAAAAUAAACUUAAUUUAAAAAUCUCAGCUUAAUAUAAUGAUAACAACAACAUAAUGUGCAGUAAUUUACUUUAUUUAAACAAAACAAAAACAAACAAUACAAACAACAUUAACUUCCAUAAGGAGUAUUACCCAGAAAUAAAAACAUCUCAAAAAUAAUGAAUAUACAACAUUACAUUUACCAUUUAAAAUGAAUCAACAACAACUAUCAGCAAUAAACGAACUUAUGCAUUAUAAUAACAUCAGAAACAAAACACUAAAAAAAUACAUGCAACGUUUUUCUCUACCGACAUCAAACAAAACAAAAAAAAUAAUAAUACGAUUUGAAAACAUAAACUUUACUAAUUUUAAUUAAAAUGAAAACAAAAAUAUGGAAUUAUGAAUAAAGUCACUCUCAGUCAAAAUUUGCCUAAUUUAAUGAUGUUGAAAUCAGAAGAAGAAAUACAUCAAGAGAUGUUUUUACAAUUCUAAACUAAGUCGAUGGGAAAUAGAAAGCAGCACAUGGCCAUACCUGUUGCAAAUGACAUUGUAUAAUUUGAAUAUUUCUCAGGAGGGUAAUAUUGACGGUUGUUGCUUGGUUCGAACUCCGAGAAGUUCAAUACACCGGUGUGUCCCUUUAAACGGGAAAAAUGUAAAUGGAAAUGGAUAAAAUAUUUGAAUUUGAAUAUUUCUCAGGAGGGUAAUAUUGACGGUUGUUGUUUGGUUCAAACACCAAGACGUUCAAUACGCCGGCGUGUCCCUUUAAGUCCAAAUAAAAAGUAAAGAAGUUAGUGCUAACGCGGUGCUUUUGGGAGAAGUAAAAUAUGUAGAUUGUAGUCAGUGUAUAUAAAGAAGGCUCGUUGAGUUUCAAUGUCGUUAUAGCGUUUUAACGUAUCUUCUAGCAAUAUUCAAUUUAAAAAAAAAAUUGCCAGUGUACGAACAAGUAUUUUGCGCGUUUUCUCCUUUUCCUCACCAUCUAUCCAUUAGGACGGCAUGGUCCUGGUUUGAUUGUUUGAUGAGAAGUUGUACGAAAGAUUUGGCCGAUAUUAUCAAUUUCACACCUGACAUAUUUAUAAUAUAAAUAUAACUACAGGGUGAGAUAAAAUAAUUCAACAAAGUCAAACGCCAUAAUUUUUAAAUUUUUUUUUUAAAUUUUAUUGAAUGAAAUCAAAAAAUGUCGGAAAUAGCGCCAAAUUUUAGAAUAAGUUUAGAUUUGUUUGAACAGGUCAAGAUUGGCACGAACUAUGGCCUUUAAACGGCCAAUGAAACCGUCACACGCUACCCGAAUGUUGUUUUGCGGUAUUUUGGCCCAUUCCCGGCGAAGCGCUUGCUUUAAGUGAUUGACACUUUGGUAUUUUUUAGUGCUAUCCUUGUUUUUCAAAAUACUCCAGACACAAUAGUCCAACGGGUUGGUAUCCGGAGAUAUUGGUGGCCAUUGUGCGCUGGAAAUGAAGCGAGGAUCCUCAUUUUGUAACCAUUCUUGGGUGGCGCGUGCUGAGUGCGAUGGUGCUGAGUCCUGUUGGAAUGUCCAGAAUAUUUUCUCGAUAAUAUUCGGCAUUUAUUUUGAUGCCACGGUCGAUUAAUAUGAGCGGAGAGCGAUCAUCGGCUGUUAUGGCGCCCCACGCCAUCACCAUGACCGGCGCUUGAGUUCUGGUGGCCAACCGAAGGUGCACAUUUUCAGCAGACCCCUUUGGCAAGUAACAACAACGAAUGUUUUCUCAUCGGAAAAAAACCAAAUUCGGCAGUUCGCCACUUUCGGCCAUUCUUUAGCUCUUUUGAGUUUAUUUUUUUAUGUUGCGGUGUAAGUCUGGCACUUUUUGGAAUUUCAAUGGCUUUACCCCGAGCUCAUUUUUCAAUAUUUGCCGAAUGGAAUAUUGCGAUAUGUUUAGCUCACGAGCCAUUUUUCGGCCACUGUAACGUGGGUUUCGAUCAAGUCGCUUCUUUAUUUUCGAACCAUUUCUGUUGAUGUUGCUGUUUUCUUCCGUCCACUUCGUUGACGUCGGGCUAGGCUACCAGCAUUACGGUAACGAGUGAUGGUACGAGACACGAAAGAUUUAUUCACAUUUAAAUGCUGGAGUGCUCUAACGAUAGCCGCUUGUGGUUUUCCAGCCAAAUAUAAAGAAAUCACACUAUCACGCAUGAAUUUCAUCACGAAUAACUUUUUUUCUCGAAAAUUAUCACCAAAAUGAUUUGUACACUUGUAAACAAUAUUUGAGCUGCCACUGGAAUAAUUUUAACAGCUGUCGGACGAGUGGCUUUGAAAUGACAGCAGUCUGAAGUUGGUUGCAGUUUUUUCAUCUCACCCUUUAUGUACGAUCGACAAUAUCGUAUUCUCCUUCGUUUUUUUUAGCUGCAACAAAAGAUGGAUCAUCUUCUUGUAUGAUAUUUUUUCUGCAUUCUAGUGUGACUGCGUUAAUGUUAUACUAUUCAGGCACUCUCUCUCUCUCUGCACCUCUCUCUAAAUCAAGAAGAUUUCACCUUACUUGUAUGGACAGAGGUUGCCUAUCCAUCGCAAUACAUGCUUAGUUUUGGGAAGAACUCUUUCGCCACCUCAUGUAGAUGGUACACUGGCAUCGUGAGGUGACAACAUGUUGCAGUUGGUCGGUAUUUUUCCACUGCGUAGCACUAAAAUUCGCAACUCUGGGCGCCCUUUAUAAGGGGUCAAAAGGUUUCCUUACCCCGCCUCUAGUUGCUGGCGACUGGCAUCUUGAGGACCUUGUUACUACUGCAUUUUGUAAAGAGUGUUGCCGUUGAUUUAUUUGUAUAUUAUAUUUUCAUAUAACUCGAUGCAAGAAGGAGGCAACCUUUGCGAGAUAGGUUUUCAGCCUGAUUCACAAGCCAUCGAGGACAGGACCCGGCGCCAUAAUCGAGCAAUCAUCUGCAUACUGUAUGGUCUCUAUUCCUGGAGGACGCGGAAUUCUGGAAAGGUAGGUGUUAAACAACUAGGGAGACGAUACCCACCUUGAGGAACUCCCUGUUUCACUGUGCCAGAUUCUUGUUUUGAAACUCCACGAACGUCUGACGUACUGAUGUACAGUUUAUUUUCCAACGUUUCAAACUAGACUGAAGAGAAAUUUUCUCGACAUCCUCAAACAGUGUGGGCGGUUGACUACUACUUUCCCAUUGCACGGUAUGUUGUGGUUACGUCCUUGACGAAGAAGGAUAGUAUUCGCUACUGGUGGCGACAAAAGCGAAAUUGGACUGUAUGACUACCCUGGGCUGGCAUCCUUGUCUGGCUUCAGUAGCGGUAUCAUCACGCCCAUUUUUUAGGCUUCGGUAACUAUGUGGGUGGCUUUUGCGAGUACCUACCCCCAGCGUAUGGUUGACCUUCACUUUCAAUUUCCUCACUCUGAGAUCAGUAGGGUUUAAACCCUUUCACGUUCAUUCACCCUGCCUCUGUUUGGAAAUUUGGUCUUAUUAUUGGACACUGAGUUAUAUAGCGAGAAGCAGCAACAUUGAAACGAAGACUAGUGAACUCUCAAAAUUCUAACCAUGGUCCACCACAUAGGAGUACAAUAUUAGAAUACCCAUAAUGAAACCUGGCUUUGAGUAUUAUAUGGCUGUUUAGCCAUAGAUGCAGGUAUAUGGUGAAUCAAAUCUACCUCCAGUUAUUAAGAUUGUUGAAAAAAAAAAUUAAAGACAAUCAGGAGUUGAAAGAGCAAAAUGUAGCCUAUAAUGUUGCAGUCUAGGAGACGCUUGUAAGGUUGCAUACCCCAACAAGGACUACAGUAAUUACUUUCCUGUAGUUUCGUAAUUUGUUUAAAUCGUUGAACAGUUUGUUACUAUAUCCUACGCUCUGCAUUCCUUGCAAUGAAUAAUAUGUGGUCUAAACCCCCUAGUUUUUUUCUAUAAAGUUUGUGCUGGAGCCAAGUGCGAUUAAAACUCUAGGGGAACGGCCCAAUAAAAUCCAUUAUGGAAGGAUUUUCUAGUAUUUUAAUGGAACAUUUUCUUCUAAAAUUACAAAAGAUUUCCAAAUUUAUUUGACUACAUAGAAUUUAUUUCACUAAAUUUUGUGGCUCUGCCGAGACCCAAGUUUUCGAAAAAAAACAUGUAUGUAUUUAACCUAAAAACAUCCUUAAAAAUAACUAAUAUAAAAUCACAAAUAAAUACCAAAAUCUUUCACUUAAGAAAAAAUCAUAAAAAAUGUGCACUUUGUAAAAUUUAUUAAGAAAAAAAAAAAAACAAAAACAUUAAAAUUUAUUACUAAUUGAUAGUAAGUAAUUCUCAAAACCAAAUGACUUUUCUAAGUAAAAAAUUAAAAAAAAAAUAACUUAAAUAUAAAAAAUAAUCUACAAGCACUCUCUGAACUAAAAGAUAAAAAACUGUAUAAUUAUUAUUCAAACCAAGGCGAGUAAAUAAAAUACCGAGAAUUUUUCUGAAAAUAAGCCGUAACAAUAAAUAUUGGAAAUUUAAUUUAUUGCAAAGGCGCAAAAAGGAAGAACAAAAAAAAACUAGAAAA